UAUCGAGCGUGGGCGGCACAACUUGAAGGCAAAGAAAAUCAAGUACCAAGUUCAAGUGCUGAUGAGAGUGGAGAUUUUAAUCUAGCUUCUCGUUCGGUAUCGGCUAGAAUGCCCACGUCAUCGACACCAGCAAGACAACCAACCAUGACUGCACGAUCAUCUGCUCAAUUUGAACCUCCAUCCAGAAGUUCCACAAUGGAAUCAGUAGAGUCGUCCUCGACGAACACGAGGCAUCUCAUCGACUGCUACAACCGCCAGAUGGAACAGGAUGUGGAACAGGGUGAUACGCAGCUGCACGUAAUAGAUCUUAUCUAUAUCUAUUCGUGCUUAUCAUAUUUAACGGUAAUCUAUGGAUGUCUUAGACGGAAGCGAACCAUCAACGGCAGUUGCGGGAUCCCUUUGAGCAUGAGGCGAGGCACGAUCAUGCUACUGAAAGAGCACCAGCUGGUGGAAGGGUAA